AUGUGGUCCGCAAUCUGGCCGGCGUUGCCCUUGCUUUUCCCGUCGGCGCUCGCCGCUCAACCUGCCGCGCCCGCCCCCAUCCGUGCUCCGUUGCGCGAUCUCCAUCUCGGACAACUCAACUUCCUCCAUACCACCGAUACUCAUGGCUGGCUGGCCGGUCAUCUACAGGAGCCCUCUUUUUCGGCCGACUGGGGCGACUAUAUCUCCUUCGCCGAGCGUAUGCGGGAAAAGAUUGAGGCUCAAGGUCGGGAUCUACUAGUCAUCGAUACCGGGGAUCGAGUUGAGGGCAAUGGCCUUUAUGAUUCCUCCCAACCACAAGGGGUCUACCUCUCGGAGAUCCUCCGUCACCAACAUAUCGAUGUGAUGACCUCUGGGAACCACGAACUAUACAAACACAAUACCUCCGAAGCCGAGCUCCAAGUCACCGUCCCCAAUUUCCGAGGUAGCUAUCUCGCUUCAAACAUCGAUAUUAUUCACCCGGAGACCCAAGAGCUGGUCCCGCUGGCCUCCCGGUUUAAGAAAUUUACUACCAAACAACAGGGGAUUCGUAUCGUAGCUUUCGGCUUCCUGUUUGACUUCACCGGCAACUAUAAUAAUACCGUCAUGCAGCGCGUGGAAGACACCAUUAAAGAAGACUGGUUUCAAGAGGCUGUUAGCGACGAAGAAGUCGAUCUCUUCCUUGUCGCCGGACACGUCCCCGCUCAUUCGCCAGAGUAUCGCGCCAUCUUCACCGCGAUUCGGGCCACUCCGGGCCACGAGGACACACCGAUCCAGUUCUUUGGCGGACAUCAGCAUAUCCGGGACUAUGCCAAGUACGAUGACAAGGCCGUUGCUCUCGCCAGCGGUCGAUUCAUGGAGACCAUCGGGUUCAUGUCAAUCGAUGGUCUUUCCUCCACUAGUCCCAUCUUUAAGCGGCGAUACAUUGAUAACAACCUCUACUCCUACUACCAUCAUACAGGUCUUGACGAAAGCUCUUUCCAUACGGACAAGGGCCUUAAUGUAUCCCAACUCAUUACGGAGUCGCGGAGUGCCCUCCAGCUGGACAAGACCCAUGGGUGUAACCCGCGUGACCUUUGGAUGUCACGAGCUCCGUACCCACAUGAGGAAAGCAUCUAUACUUGGCUGGAGAAAAAGGUUUUGCCCGAGACAUUGAAGAAUGACCCUCGUGGAGGUGAAGACCGUCCUGCAGUGGCAAUUUUAAAUACAGGCGCUAUCCGCUUCGAUAUUUUCAAGGGACCAUUUACUCAGGACACCAUGUGGAUCAUCUCACCAUUUACCAACGAAUUUCGAUACGUGAAAGAUGUUCCGAGACGUUCGAUGGCCUUGAUUCCCUUGGCCCCCCCGGCUCAAGUCAAACAUUUCGACGGUGCGAUGGCGAGCUCAGAGCCGGCGAUCGAAUGGUCUGGUCAAGAUAUGGCCGGCACGGGGCAAAUUCCUCUAUCAGCUGAGGGCCCAUCUGGUGCAGUUGUUCCUGGGUACACCACCGAAGAUGAUGACGGCGAUGACGGAGAUGACACCAUCCACUCCCCUAUUCCUUUUUACCGUGUACCGAAUGUCUUCCAGGCGACACUGUCCGCGAAUACAACGACUAAGCCUGAGACGGUAGACUUGGUGUACAUUGAAUUCCUCCAGUCAUAUCUCACGCUGGCUGCCAAGUUUGCCCAGCUGGAUGUUGACUUUGCUAAGGAGAGCAAGAGCUAUAUGCCAGGCUCGACGCUGACUGAUUUGGUCUUGGAAUGGGUGGGGAAGAACUGGCCAUGCACUGACAACUAA